AUGAGCAGUAAUGAUUUUUCUGAGGUGGAGGUUGAUGAUGAUGAAGAUGAAGAUGAAGGCUUCAAACCAAUAGCAAAUUCAGUAAGCGAGCUGUUUGCAACUGACAUUCCUGCACGAAGUACCUUUAGGGCAAUUUCAGCCAUUCUCUUGGGCGGUGGUUCUGCUGCUAAUAUUAAUACGAGUAGAGAGCAGAAAUCAAAAAAGACGUUAAUUUAUUUGACGGGUUUGGUGGUUGCCAUGGUUGGUAGUACUUAUGCUGCUGUUCCUCUUUAUAGGAGGUUCUGUCAAGCCACUGGUUAUGGCGGAACUGUUCAACGCCGCGAGAGUGUUGAAGAGAAGAUUGCUCGGCAUGCUAACGAUGGAACUGUUGCCACUAGGGAGAUAGCAGUGCAGUUUAAUGCUGAUGUGGGUGACGGAAUGCCAUGGAAGUUCGCUCCUACACAAAGAGAGGUAAGGGUGAAGCCAGGAGAAAGUGCUCUUGCAUUUUACACCGCUGAAAAUCGAAGCUCCACUCCAAUAACUGGUGUAUCUACAUAUAAUGUUACUCCUAUGAAGGCUGCCGUGUACUUCAAUAAAAUACAAUGUUUUUGCUUUGAGGAGCAGCGUCUUCUUCCCGGGGAGCAGAUUGACAUGCCUGUCUUCUUUUAUAUUGAUCCAGAAUUUGAAACGGAUCCUAGAAUGGAUGGAAUCAACAACAUAAUUUUAUCGUAUACAUUCUUUAAAGUUUCAGAGGAGUAACCUUGCCGAUGCUUUUGCAUGCCAUCACCAAAACAUCCUCACAAUUAAAAACUUGGAGGGCUUAGCCAGCGUAUCCAGUUAUCCAGUGAGUGUUACUGCAUACUUGCUUUGAACUUCCAGCGAGGGUAUGGCGGAUAUGCUGUGCGGAUAAAGCUCAUAGGCUUGUUUACAAGAUUUAUUCAAAUGUACGGUUGUUUCUAGUGGAACAACCUGAGAUUUAUUCCAUAGAAAUAAAUUCAGAAGUUGGUUUACUAUUUGUUCGCUUGGUUCAAAAUGUGCUCGGAAAUUAUCUGCAAGGCCCAAUCGUUUAUGCUGCCAAUAUGAACCCAUUUUUCCGUGGUGCUGCAUGAACACUCCUUCAUGCUAGUCAAGAACUUGUAACAGAUUGUAUUUGCGGGAAACUGGCUGUCCAUUGAGUCCCACGAGGCUUUUUUUCUUCA